GGUGUAAAUCCACACCACAUUUCCUCUCUCUCUGUCUCAGUUUAUUACAGAGCAUUUGCUGUAAAAAAAUCCCAUUCUUGUUGUCUUCUUCAUCUUCUCCAAAAGAGAGAGAAGUAGAGAUGGCACCCAAAAAGAGAACGGCAGUGGAUCCCUCUUCUAGGGUGACUCGGAGCUCAAACCGCCUCGUCAACGCCAGCUCCGUCACACAACCGCAGCAGCCGUCGGCCAAGAAACCCAAGAAAGCCGUCGCCUCCAAAGGAAAAGCCGAGAAGAAAGCCCAACAGCCGGCGGCCCCCGAAGAUGAGCAAAAAGACCAGCCACAGUCGCCUUCGCCGGUGAAGCAAGCGUCAGAGGUUUCCGAUGUUGCCUCGAAGGCAAUCAUCAUCGAGCACUGCAAGCAGUGCAACUCGUUCAAGACCCGGGCAUUAAGGGUGAAAGAAGGGCUCGAGAAAGCGAUUCCCGGCGUGAAAGUGGUGGUUAACCCGGAGAAGCCAAGAAGGGGCUGCUUCGAGGUCCGUGAAGAAAAUGGGGAGAAGUUCAUCAGCCUUCUUGGAUUGAAGAGGCCAUUUCAGCCGAUGAAGAAUCUUGACAUGGACGAGGUCAUCUCUGGCAUCAUUGAGAAAAUCAAAUGAAAUAUCAAGUCAAAGUUAGUCUGUGUUUUUUUGCAUCUUUCCCCCUUUCUUGUUGCAGCUAAUUUCACAAACACUUAAUGUGGUGCAUGUAUGAAUUUGAUCAAAUUGUGUUUGACCCUGAAAUCUCUUUCUUUUUCUUUUCUUUUUUUGCUGAGAUUGUUGACUAAUUUGGAAUAUAGAACCCUUUGCUCUGUUGCUUCA